ACAUUUUUGUUAGGUAACAGAGACUAGAGGGGCAAGUAGGUGGUGAACACAGAUAAUUAUAGACGAAAAGAUGGCUUCUUGCACUGGUUAUUUGCUUGGAUGUGUUUUUAUCGUAGCAGCUCUUCUUCAGGGAGCAACGGCAGCUCAGACGAUCCAUGUUGUGGGAGACAGUAUAGGAUGGACUAUUCCUCCCUCUAACUUCGCAUAUCAAACUUGGGCUGCUAACCAGACGUUCAUGACCGGCGAUGAGCUAAUGUUCAACUUCACAAAUGGUGCGCAAGACGUGGCUGAGUUCUUAAAGACAGAUUAUGAAUCCUGCAACGUCAGCUUGACGAACGCCAUCUCCCCUGUGUUCGGGUCAUCCUUAUACAUCACCAUUGAAACCGCAGGAGAACACUACUACACCACUACUGUUGUCGAUCACUGUAAAAAGAAUCAGAAACUAACAAUCAUUGCUUAUGGUACUCCCAUCUCGUCACCUCCCAGCUCUGCCACUUCUCUCACUAAUGGGGGCUUCUCUCUUUUUCUUCUUCUGCUGCUAUCCACUGCCAUUGCUCUCUUUUAAUUUAUUAGAACGUUUUUUAUCACCAUGUGUUUUCUCUAGUCUCUUUUCCAUGAGGCAUACACAAAUCACAAUGUUAUUCGUUUUAUUGGGUUUUUUUUUUCUUAAUUUAUGUAUUUGUAUUAUACACUUAAUUAAUUAUACUGGUGACUCCUUUUUUAUUGGAUUGUAAUAUUUUUUU